GCAGCUGCGGAGCGGCGAGAGAGAGACUGAACGGUGAUUGAAAGAGAAGAGAGCUGAACGGCGGUGGCGGCAGCCAUCUUAAAACUACCGCACUAAUCCCAGAUAUACAUCCUCUGGAUAUUUCUGCAACACCGAGCUAAAUCAGAUUUUACCGGGCGAGAGGAGACAGAAUACCAUUUUUUUAAAUUCGUUCGCUGUUUUUACACUGAAGACGGGAUGCGGAUCCGCGGGGUGAAACGUUUCGCUUCUGCAGUCGGUCUGCUCUUAGGACUAUUAUGCGCGGUGGAAGCAGCCAAAGUAAAUAAGCACAAGCCAUGGAUUGAGACCACGUAUCAUGGUAUCGUAACGGAAAAUGACGACAAAGUUCUCCUGGACCCUCCGCUGAUAGCCUUGGAUAAAGAUGCCCCGUUGCGCUAUGCAGAGAGUUUUGAGGUGACCUUCACCAAAGAAGGGGAGAUCUGCGGCUUCAGGAUUCACGGGCAGAAUGUGCCGUUCGAGGCGGUGGUGUUGGAUAAGUCCACUGGCGAGGGCGUGAUCCGGGCCAAGGAUAAACUGGAUUGUGAGCUGCAAAAGGAGCACACCUUCACCAUCCAGGCCUACGACUGUGGAGAGGGACCUGAUGGCAGCAACAUGAAGAAAUCUCACAAGGCUACCGUCCACAUCCAAGUGAAUGACAUGAAUGAGUAUUCACCGGUGUUCAAAGAGAAGUCCUACAAAGCCACAGUGAUCGAGGGCAAAAAGUAUGACAGCAUCCUGAAGGUGGAGGCCGUGGACGCUGACUGCUCUUUCCAGUUCAGUCAGAUCUGCAGCUAUGAGAUUGUCACCCCCGAUGUGCCCUUUACCGUUGACAAGGAUGGCAACAUCAAGAACACAGAGAAGCUGAACUACAGCAAGGAACGCAUGUACAAACUCACCGUGACUGCAUAUGACUGCGGUAAAAACCGUGCAUCUGAGGACGUUCUUGUAAAAAUCAACAUCAAGCCCACCUGCAAACCAAGCUGGCAAGGAUUUAAUAAAAGGAUUGAAUAUGAGCCUGGUACAGGCAGUCUAGCCCUGUUCCCCAGCAUGCACCUGGAGACCUGCGAGGAGCCAAUCACCUCCAUUCAGGCCAGCAUCAUGCUGGAGACUAAUCACAUCGGCAAGGGCUGUGACCGUGACACCUACUCCGAAAAAUUCCUGCACAAGCUGUGCGGUGCCAGUGCUGGUACUGUGGAGCUGUUGCCUGCUCCCAGCAACUCUGCCAACUGGACUGUCGGCUUGCCCACUGACAACGGGCACGACAGCGACCAGGUGUUUGAGUUCAAUGGCACCCAGGCCAUCAAGGUCCCUGAGGGUGUGGUGAGCACCACCCUGAAAGAGCCCUUCACCAUCUCGGUGUGGAUGAGACACGGACCUGGAGGCAGGGAGAAGGAGACCAUACUCUGCAACUCUGACAAGACUGAGAUGAACAGGCACCACUACUCUCUGUAUGUACACAACUGUCGUCUUGUGCUGCUGCUGCGUCAGGAGCCUACCGAAUCGGAGAACUACAAACCAGCUGAAUUCCACUGGAAACUCGAUCAAGUGUGUGAUAAAGAAUGGCAUCACUACGUGUUAAACAUUGAGUUCCCAGCAGUGACUUUGUUUGUGGAUGGUUCCAUCUUCGAGCCCUUCCUGGUCACGGAGGAUUACCCUCUGCAUGCCUCCAAGAUCGAAACCCAGCUCACCAUCGGCGCCUGCUGGCAAGACCUCUCAGGACAUGACAAUGAUACUGAGACUCUCUCAGAGCCUUUGACAGGUGGCAGCGCCCGCAUGACUCAGUACUUCAGGGGCAACCUAGCUGGACUCAUGAUCCGCUCCGGCAAACUGGAGAACAAGAAAGUUAUCGACUGCCUCUACACCUGCAAGGAAGGUCUUGAUGUGCAGCUUCCAGAGGAGGUAGCCUCUGCUGUGAAGGUGGAUUUUAACCCCAACCAGUCUUCUCUGAGCCUGGAGGGAGAUGACAUUGAGAGCUUUGAGAAAGUGAUGCAGCACAUCUCCUACCUGAACUCCCGGCAGUUCCCCACCCCAGGAAUCCGCCAUCUGCGAGUCUCAACCACUGUCAAAUGCUUCAAUGAGGAGACGUGCAUCUCCGUGCCUGACUCUGAAGGCUACGUGAUGGUUCUCCAGCCAGAGGAGCCAAGGAUCAGCCUCAGUGGAAUUGACCAUUUUGCCCGUGGAGCAGCUGAAUUUGAGAGUACGGAGGGCGUUAUGCUCUUCCCUGAGCUGCGCAUCGUCAGCACCAUCACCCGUGAGGUGGAGGUGGAGGCUGAGACCGAAGCCGAAGCCGAGGAUGAUCCCACAGUGCAAGAGACGGUGGUAUCUGAGGAGAUCAUGCAUAACUUGGACACGUGUGAGGUGACCGUGGUGGGAGACGAACUGAAUGGAGAUCAUGAGAGUUUGGAGGUGGAUCUGGUCCAGAUCCAGCAGAGAGCUCUGGAGAUGAGCUCUUCUAACGUGGGCAUGGUCAUCACAGGGGUUAACACCAUGGCGAACUACGAACAGGUCCUGCAUCUGAUCCGCUACAGGAACUGGCACACAGAGGCAUUGUUUGACAGGAAGUUUAAACUCGUCUGCUCUGAACUCAAUGGCCGCUACAUUAGCAAUGAAUUCAAAGUCGAGGUCAAUGUGAUCCAUACAGCCAACCCCAUGGAUCAUGCAAACAAUGCUAUGGUCCAGCCUCAGUUCAUCAACCAAGUGCAGCACGCUUCAGUGGACCUGUCUGGACACAACCUGGCCAACACCCAUCAGGCCUCAGUUGUCCCCAGUGCUGCCACCGUCGUUAUCGUUGUGUGUGUGAGCUUCCUGGUGUUUAUGAUCAUCCUGGGCGUCUUCCGUAUCCGUGCUGCCCACCAGCGCACCAUGAGGGACCAGGAAAACGGCAAAGAGAACGAGAUGGACUGGGAUGACUCUGCUCUCACCAUUACUGUCAACCCAAUGGAGACUUAUGAGGAUCAGCACAGCAGCGAAGAGGAAGGAGACGAGGAAGAGGAAGAGAGCGAGGACGGAGAGGAGGAAGACGACAUCACCAGCGCAGAGUCAGACAGCAGUGAGGAUGAGGGCGGCGAACAGGAAGACCAGCAGGGUUCGAGCAGACAGCAGCAGCUGGAGUGGGACGACUCCACCUACUGAUCCUCCUGAGCACACAGUACACAAUACUUACCAACACACACACACUCACACACCCACGCACUGUCACAUCCCUCUGCAAAUAGGGACGCCCAUGUUCCCACUACCCAAGGAGCCAUGUGUAAAAAUGCGGAAAAAAACACUGAAAACUAAACUAUUAUACAAUAUAUGUACAAUAUAGAUGCGAAUAUAUCAUGUGUCUCUUGUGACAGGUGUUGCAAUCCGCUUUCUUUCCACCUGCCCACAUCUUAUCGUGGUGGUAUUCAGUGUAGUACAGUAUCUCAAUACAAGUUCCUAAUUUAUUGAAUCUUUUUCUGUCCUAUCCGAGGGAAUCCUGGCCUAAGUUUGCAUUUUCUUUCAGCUCUGUGCCGACACAUCCCUGCAGUUUUCCCUUCAAGUUGAGCUUCGGGAAAUGAUUUCAUGUAUAUUUUCUGCACAUGACGUUUUAGGUUGAUUUGCUACAGGAAUUUUUGAGGAAAACUCUUUUCCGAUCACUUUAUAUUGCAUGGCAAGAUUUGCAGUCUUGGGUACGGAAGAAAACAACUGCUUUUUGAUAUUUUGUAAAUAAGACGAAACCAUGUAAUUAGUCGAUGUGUUAGUGAAAGCCUAACCAACGGUUGCCGGUGUCUAAAAAGACACAGUACCUGCUGUAGGAUAUUUAUGUCAGAUGCUCUUAGCAUGUUUCAGUGAAUCUCAUGCUCGUACUAAAAAACAACGUCCGCUUCACAGAGAGGAACCCAUGACAGAGGCUGAGGUUUCUGUGGCAAAGCGUCGUUCAUUUUGUCUUUUCUCUUGGAGGUGGGUGUGCAUCUUUUUUGUUUUUCGUAGAGUUGGUUCAGUGCUUUGGCUUUACAUAUGCUAAUUCUAGCUGGGCUUGCAAUGGCACAAAUGCUACACCAAGGCUUCAGUGUUUUUAAUUCAGUGACGUUUUGGGGACUAAUAAUCACAUUCAGGUGAUGAAUAUACAGUUGUUGUUUUUUUUUUCACGUGGUACUGUAUGUUGUACAGUUUAGGCACGCCGCAGUUAUUGAAGCCAUUCUUAAGUGAUAGUGCUCGUAUCCUCUGUAAUAAAUGGAGACCAAUUGGAAUCACAGUAUGCACUCUCAUAACCCAGUCUGAAUAAGAUUUAUGACUGAAACGACAUGAAAAGGGGUGCGCUGGUGAUUUAGCCACAAUGUGAGCAUCGAAAGUCUGUUGUGUACUGUUUCGACAGACUUCUUGUGCUAAAAUACUGUCUUGAGAUGGUCAGUUAAAUGAACUUUACUGAACAAAAUUAUGGCGGGUGGGUAAUUUUUAUUUCAUAUAUACCUAAUUUUGUAUUUUUUAAGUUUUUAUUUUUUAUUUUCGGGGGUUAACCUGUGUUCUUGUCAUUUCAAGGCCCCUAAAAAGAUUACAAGGGCUGAUUUGCCGGUCACAGCGCAUUAAAAGAAAUGAAGUUCAACUUUUAAAGGAUAAAAUAUUUUUGCAGUGUGGCCGUUGGAUUUUAUUGUACAUGGAACUGUGUACUGUAGAGUUGUGUGAAGAUAUUUGUUUACAUUUGGUAAACUUUUAUUCCUUUUUGGUGACGCUAUCAAUCUGCUCCAGAUUUGCAGGUCAUUUCUCUUCGUAGUUGCUCUCAGAAUCAUGUCGUAGCUUCAUUUUCUUACUGCGAUUGGAAAAUUCGGGAUACACCCCCCUCAAAAACAAUGGUUAACUAUUGAGGAAAAUAAUAUUGCGUUCCCGUCGGGCUUGAAAAAGAAUGUUAAUCAUUUUGGAGAUUGUACAUUGUUUGAUUGUUUAGUAAAGACGGACGUGAAGCUUUAGGGUACUUCAUAUGUACAUGCGUGAAUAUUCUCAGUUUAAGGCCUAAGCUGGUGGUAUGAAUAUUAUUUUAAUGCCAGGAAAGGUGCAAGUUGUGGAAAAGGUCUAUUUUUGUGACCCACGAAAGGGCGACGGGAGACUUUUCUUGUAGGUUUUUGUUACAUGUUUUGGUCAUCGGGUUCCCCCUCAAAAUUGACAGGACUUUUAAAGAGAGGUCCAGAAUUCAGCUGGUGGAGUUGGGAGUGCCUUUUACCUGUCACAGCGCAUUAAUAACACAACUAACCCAACACUCAUCCAUGCCAUUUCAGUUCUCGCAUUUUAUAAUGAUUUCAAGUUCGAGUUCUACCAGGUAUGGGGCAGUGGUUUUAAUUUGAUUUCAUUUUCUGUUUGGGAUCGACAGCUAGUUUUAUCAAGAGUGGACGUUUUAAUUGUCCUGCAUACAGUAGAUGUCUUGUGUUCAUGUCGAUGUGUAGAGAAAAUAAUAGGUCCAUACUGUAUCAUCAAUGAAUAUUGUACUAAUUCAUGUUUGAGGAAAUCCACUUCGAAAAGAUGUACAUUAUUAUAAGCAGCAUACGUGGGUAUGAGUUGAACAAUAUGUGUACAGUGAAAGGUGUAUCUCCUGGAGAGGGCAGCAUGAAACUCACACAAAUGUAAUAGUCUCUCACAGUGUAUUCUCAACUUGCAAUCGUUUUAAAAGCCGUUUGAGCGAUGUAAACCAUUCCUUGAGACCAAAUUGAGUAUAAUCAAUGUUUGUACUGAAAAUCGCACCGUUGUUUGCAUCUUCCCUCCUUUCCCCUGAUACAAAUAUUCAUCCGCAGGUUCUCAUCAUGUGAAUUGUAUUUCAACAAUGUGAUUUUAAGACACUGGCGGAGAAACUAAACUCCAGAAUAAAUAAGCAGUCUGUGCUGAGUGUGAACGGCUGCAGAUGGUGGGUGUGUAACGGGGCAUUGUCUUUGCAUGUAUAACACAAGAUAUAAAUAUUUCCUGUAACUGGCACACGGUACUGUGGGAUUGGAGUGGAGUAGAUGGGAUAGGAUACUACUGAAUCAAAAGAUAAUCGGUCUCAGAUUUGCAGCCUUCAGUGGUCAUUGUUCACGUUUUGAAUAACUUUUAUUUUUUUGCUCUAGAAAUGAAAACUGGGGAUGUUGUAGAACUGUUGGAUGCUGCCUUCAGGCUCAUUCACUUUUCUGUUAUUCAGAGGAAUAAUUAUAGUGAAGUUGAUGCUUGCUCAUGAACAAAAUAAAGGAUGAGAUGGGAAUAAA